AAGGUAAAGUUUAACUUCAAUCCAUCCAUCCAUCCAUCCAUCUAUUGAUUCAUUUUUAACAAAAUGAUUUAUUUUUUUUUAUCUUUUCUUUUUAUUAUUUCUAUUUAGAUGCCUCCUAAAUUCGAUCCUUCUGAAGUAAAGAUUAUUUACCUUCGUGCUACUGGUGGUGAAGUUGGUGCUUCCAGUGCUCUUGCUCCCAAGAUUGGUCCUCUUGGUCUUUCCCCCAAGAAGGUUGGUGAAGAUAUUGCCAAGGGUACCAAGGAAUGGAAAGGUCUCCGUGUCACUGUCCAAUUGACCAUUCAAAACCGUCAAGCUCAAGUAUCUGUUGUGCCCUCUGCCUCAUCUUUGGUGAUCAAGGCCUUGAAGGAACCCCCACGAGACCGUAAGAAGGAAAAGAACAUUAAGCAUAGUGGUAACAUCACUUUGGAUGAUGUCAUUGAAAUUGCCCGUACCAUGCGCUACAAGUCUUAUGCUCGUGAACUCUCUGGCACUGUCAAGGAAAUCUUAGGUACUGCUCAAUCAGUGGGAUGCACUGUUGAUGGUCAAAAUCCUCAAGAUAUUUGCAAGGCCAUUGAUGCUGGUGAAGUCGAAAUUCCUGAAAAAUAAAUUAUCUUAUUUCUUCAAUAAUAAAAAUCAAUCUAGGCAUCUGUAAAAAUAAAACCUCUUUGUUUAUCCUUU